AUGGAUUCAGGUGGUGGCACUACGGACUUUGGUGACACUGGCACCAUGGAGCCCAUCAAUGAUGAAGAUUCUUCACAACUAAUGGUUGAAUUUUUUGGUACUGGUGACCGGUUGUAUAGAAACUAUCACCCUUUUUUGUCUGCUCGCCCAUGUAAUCCAGAAGGCAACUUCCUUCCACCAGGAACACCACUUCUACCAUUCACAGACAAGACACUGGAAGACUGGACUCCCUACAAGAGCCAGGUAGAGUUUGAGCUUGCUAAUUACUUAUUCACCAAGAAUCAAACCCCUGUGCAUUCAAUUGACCAUUUACUCAAUAUUUGGGCAGCUUCACUGAUACAAGCUAGUAGCAGAUCAACUAUCUUUUCAGAUCAUCACCACAUUUACAAGGUGAUUGAUGAUACUCCUCUCGGCAAUGUUAAAUGGCAAUCAUUUACUGUUAAAUAUACUGGUGACAUUCUAGAAGAAGGUACUGCACCAUGGAUGACAGACAGCCACGAGGUUUGGUUCCGCAAUCCCUGCGACAAUGUUUGCAAUAUGCUUACUAGCCCAGAUUUUGCUACAGAGAUGGACCUUAAACCUUACUAUGAGUUCGCAACAGAGAAUGACAAGCACCAGUGGAAAGACUUCAUGUAUGGAGAUUGGGCUUAUAAGCAAGCAGACAUGAUUUCUGAGAAUCCUGACACUCAUGGUUCAAUCUCCAUUCCUGUAAUUCUAGGGAGCAAUAAAACAACUGUUUUGGUUGCAACAGGACAAAACAAGUAUUAUCCUCUCUAUGUGUCUAUUGGAAAUGUUCAGAACAAUGUACACCAAGCCCACUGA